AUGCCUUAUAACACAAACGCCAUUCCUCCUCGGAAGGAGGUGACAGGCCAGCCUGCCUUGCCAUUGGCCCGCGUAAAAAAGAUCAUCGCCCAGGACCCAGACAUCGGCCUCUGCUCAAACAACGCAGCUUUCGAGAUGUUCGUCCAGUACCUCGCCAACGAGGGCCAGAACCAGGCCAAGCUGGACCGCAAACCCCGCCGCAACGUCCAAUACAAGGACCUGGCAAACGCCGUCGCCCACAACGACAACCUCGAAUUCCUCGAGGACGUCAUCCCCAAGACGAUCCCAUACAAGCAGAUCAGAGACCAGGCCGCCAUCUCCCGCACCGCGCCCAAGAAGUCCAACGCGGAGCCCAAGAAGCGCCAGUCCACGAACGGCGUCAACGGCGCCGCCGCCGCCCACGAGAACGACCAGCCCGAGGCCCAGUCGGCGCGGGCCCCCGCCGAGGACGGAGACGUCGACAUGACGGGCUAG